CUCCAUCUGGCCUUUGGACGACGCUUUUUGUUUCUCUUCUUCGGGAAACGCCAGCGUUGCAUGGCAGUGAGCUCCCUGGCCCGUGAGGUGUCCGACCUCUGCAUCGGGAAGCCGGCAGUGAGGUCGCUGCCGCUCUCUGCCACCAUCGGCGACGCCCUUAUCGCCCUCCGGAGCAGCGGAGAGGAUCGCCUCGCCGUCUGGGCCGCUGACCGGAAUCGGCCCGAUAGGAAGGCUUGCGUCGGCACGGUGUGCAUGGUCGACAUCGUCUGUUACCUCUGCUCCAAGGAGAAUAUCGCGGCGCCCGGUGCCGCCCUCGCGGCACCCGUCUCCGUGAUCCUCCCGCCCAAGGCCGCCGCCCCCCUCGUCCGCCGCGUCGAGCCCAGCUCCAGCAUCUUGGAAGCCCUCGACGCGAUUCUGGAGGGGGCGCAGAGCCUGGUGGUGCCCCUCCGUCCCGCCGCGUCGCGGAGGAAGCCCGCGGGCGGAGGCGGCGCCGCCCUCGAGUUCUGCUGGCUGACGCAGGAGGACCUCGUCCGCUUCUUCCUCAACUCCAUCGCCCUUUUCUCCCCAGCCCCCGCGCUCUCCGUCACCGACCUCGGCCUCGUCCACCCUGCCCCACUGGCCGUCCGCCCCCAGGACCCCGCGCUCUCCGCGCUCCCGCUCAUCCGCGCCGCCCUCGUCGACCAGACCUCCGUCGCUGUCGUCUCCGACGACGGCCGCCUCCUCGGGGAGAUCUCCCCCUCCACCCUCGUCCACUGCGACCAGCGCGUCGCCGCCGCCCUCGCCGCGCUAUCCGCCGGCGACCUCAUGGCCUACGUCGACUGCUUCGGUGCUCCGCCCGAGUCCGCUAUAGGCGCCAUCAAGGCCAGGUUGCAGGAGAAGGGGCUGUUGAGCAUGCUGGAGCUCCUGGAGGCCGACUUCUCCCCGCCGUUCUUGUCCUCGGCAUCCUCGUCCUCGUCCUCGUCCUCGUCCGACGAGGAGUCCUCGCCAGCAGCGGCAUUGCAGAGGCCGAGGCGGCUGAGGUCGGCGGGGAGGUCAGGGAGCUACUCGGCGAGGAUGGGGAGACGGUCAGAGGAAGCAAUCGUGUGCCAUCCGGAGAGCUCGCUGGUGGCGGUGAUGAUACAGGCGUUGACGCACCGGGUGAGCUACGUGUGGGUCGUCAACGACGACUACUUCCUUGUGGGGAUCGUCGCCUUCUCUGAUAUCCUCAGCGUCUUCCGGGAGCAGCUGGAUUAGCUUCUUCGACUCGACGAGCGCGGAGAGCGAUGCGCCUCUCUCUCUCUCUCUCUCUCUCUCUCUCUCUCUCUUAAUUAAGCUGCUCCUGUACGUGUACAUUAGUCCGCUAAGCAUCGUUGUUUGUGGGGGGUUUAAUGUGUUGGUUUAGAUGGUUGCUGUUAAUUGCUACGUUUCCAUUUA